CGACAGCCGCUGGCUGGUCCCCGAGCGGGGUGCGGGCAUCGCCGGGAUGGGGACUCCUCCGGGCCUGCAGGCAGACUGCGAGGUGCUGCUCAGCCGCUUCCAGGAGACGGACAGCGUGCGCUUCGAGGACUUCACGGAGCUCUGGAGGAGCAUGAAGUUCGGGACCAUCUUCUGUGGUAGAAUGAGAAAUUUAGAAAAGAACACGUUUACAAAAGAAGCUUUAGCUUUGGCUUGGCGAUAUUUUUUACCUCCAUACACCUUCCAGAUCAGAGUUGGUGCUUUGUAUCUGCUAUAUGGAUUGUAUAACACACAGCUGUGUCAACCAAAACAAAAGGUUAGAGUUGCCCUGAAGGAUUGGGAUGAAAUUUUAAAAUUUCAGCAAGAUUUGAUAAAUGCACAACAUUUUGACGCAGCUUAUAUUUUUAGGAAGCUACGACUAGACAAAGCAUUUCACUUUACAGCAAUGCCCAAAUUGCUGUCAUAUAGAAUGAAGAAAAAAAUUCAACGAGCUGAAGUUACAGAAGAAUUUAAGGACCCAAAUGAUCGUGUCAUGAAACUUAUCACUUCUGAUGUAUUAGAGGAAAUGCUGAAUGUUCAUGAUCAUUAUCAGAACAUGAAACAUAUAAUUUCAGCUGAUAAGUCCAAUCCAGACAAAGCCCUCAGCUUGAUAAAGGAUGAUUUCUUUGACAAUAUUAAGAACAUAGUUUUGGAGCAUCAGCAGUGGCACAAAGACAGAAAGAAUCCAUCCUUAAAAUCAAAAGUUAAAGAUGGAGAAGAAAAGAGGGAAGGAAAUUCACGAGAAUCGGAGAGAUGUGAAAGGGCAGAAUCAUUAGCGAAAAUAAAAUCAAAGGCCUUUUCAGUUGUUGUUCAGGCUUCCAAGUCAAGAAGGCAUCGCCAAGUCAAACUGGACUCUUCUGACUCUGAUUCUGCAUCUGGUCAAGGACAAAUCAAAACAACCAGGAAAAAAAGAAACAAAGAAACGUUGAAAUCAGGAGGAAGGAAGAUGUCUUCCCGAAACAGAGAUGAUAUGCAGAAUGUACAUAAGGAAGAUAAAUCUUUAAGUCUGAGUAUGCCUGUAAUUACGGAAGAGGAAGAGGAGAAUGCAAGUUUUAGUGAAACAGAGUUUACUACACUCAAGAGGAAAAGAAAACACAGAAAAAAGAGCCUGGUGUCGAGUUCUUAAUUGUGAGCUUUCUGACAGAAGAGAAGAUUUAUAUUUUGUGUAUUGCACAGGAAGACUGCCAGUAUUAAAAAUAAUUCUUCUGGGAAACUGUAGGUUAUUUCUUUGAAAUGGCAAUACUUUAAUACAGUUCUAGAAUAAAAGUACAAAAAAUUAGAGUAAGACUUCACUCUGAAAUUUAAUUUUAAUAUUUUCUUGUGUGAAAUCUGCAUCAUUGGAGAUGUAUGAAAUCUGUAUCAUUGGAGAUAAGAUUUGGAUUUAGAAUAUAAUAGAAAUAAUACUGUUAUUUGCAGAUUAUUAUUAUUUCUUACCACUUUAGUGGUAUUAUACUGUCUUAAUACAGUUGUGGUAAUAUUAACUAUUCACUUUAAAAUCUUUUUUCUUGAAAUAUUAAUGUAUUACAUGUAAAUGGCUAAUUUUGUAUCUACAGUCUAGUAAUGGAUUUUUUUUAUGAUGUAUGUGAACUAUUUGUAUAUUGUAUGGUUAAGUGCAAUUAAGUUUUUGCCUUAUUUGCUUUAUUUUUUAGUGUAUGAAACUUACAUAAUCAGUAACUUAUGUGAUUGAUAACUUAGGAAGCUCAGUUUCUACUUUUGCAGUCAAUUAAGUAUUCUUUAGUGCUUGUUUUAAAGCUCCCCUUGACCUAACGUUUAUGUAUGUGCACAUGUAUGUUUGUGUAUGUAUAGAUAUAUGUAUGUAUCCAUAUAUAUGUAUACAUAUGAUAUGAUUAGUCAAUACAAGUACAACAUAUAAGUACUGAUUAUUUCUAAUAAAACCUUUAAAAGUGGUAAUGUAAAUUCCAGAAUGUGUCUGUGAUACAGAAUAGUUGGUACUUACAGAAAAAAGUUCUGUAGCUUCAUGAAUAUGCCUCUCUGUUAAUUUCUCAUUUGAGACAUUUAAGUGGAGAUUACUUGAGCCAUGUUGUUUGAAUUGCUGACAAUAGCAGACCAUCUCCAUAUCCUGUGGCUGGCUCAGCCUAUCUUACAGUUGAUUAUACUCCAUGUUGUUGUCCAGCAUCGUCUAUUCAGGAAUUCUGCAAAUGUCCUAUGAGUGAAAAUAUGUGAUAUCUUUUAAAAUCAAAAUACUAAUGCUAGCCCAGAUAAAAUUUUCAUUUAUUAGAAUUUAUGCUUUCACAUUAGCAGCUAAACAAAAUUGUUUCCCUUGAGUGACUUCAGAUGUUUCUGGGAAUAAAUGGGGCAGUUUUCAUAAUGUGGACACUUGGGCAGAGCUUCGGGGAUUUAAAUAUUCUAGGGUUGGGGCACUCAGAGGCAGGGAACCAUUACUGGCCACUUGUAUACCAGGUUAUUUGCUAGAACUUGUCUGAUCACUUAAGUUUACAAACCUUGUACAGCUUACACAGUGAGUUGCCCUCUAUGUUUUCACAACAGUGCUUUUAAAAUACAAAGUAUCAUUUCACUUGUACAAUGAAGAAACUGUAACUCAGGAUGGUAAGUGCCUUGCCCACAUUCACAAAGUUAGUAAGUGAUGCAUCUGGGAUUCAAACACAGGGCUCUGGCCUAUAAUUCAGUGUCAUUUUAUUUUAUUUAUUUAUUUUUUUUUUUGAUUUUAUUUAUUUAUUUAUUUUUCCCCCCAAAGCCCCAGUAGAUAGUUGUUGCUAUCUACUAGAAGGAUAGAUCCUUCUAGUUGCUGUAUGUGGGAUGCAGCCCCAGCAUGGCCGGAGAAGCGGUGUGUUGGUGCACGCCCGGGAUCCGAACCUGGGCUGCCAGCAGUGGAGCACGCGCACCUAACCGCUAAGCCAUGGGGCCGGCCCCUUCAGUGUCAUUUUAUAUGAGCCAACAGAAAUGGAAAUCCAGAGGGAUACUUUUGACUGCAAGCAAUAAAUCCCGCUUCAAAAUGACCUCAACAAAAAGAAAGUUUAAUUUAAAACCAGUUGAGUCUCAAUGCGGGCUGGCUCUGGGUUUUAUAGUACAUCAGUUCCAUGAUGGCUUCAUAUAUCCAGGGUUGGGUCUUCAGGGCAAGCUUGAUAUCACUGUAGGGAACUGUUCACCAGCCAAGUUCCCAGCCAAGGGCCAACCUUGCAAGCAAACCUUUCUAAGGAUGGCAGUCUCAGGCCUCAUUUGUUGCCUCUUCUGCACAGGUCCAUUUCAUUUUCACUAUUUCAAACAAUGCUGUGUUGAGCUUUGUGUGUAUACCUUGGCUCACUUAUGUUGGUAUUUCUGUUGGAUAAAUCUGCGUGUGAAUUUUCUUGUCAGCAUGUAUAUAUAAAAUUUUGUUAAUUAUUGCCAAAUGGAACUCCAAAAAGACCGCCAAUUUACAUUCCUACUAAGUAUUUGCAAGGGACCCUCCAUUACACUGGUAAUCAAUCUUUAUUCAGUUGAAUACAGCCUGAAUCUUAACAGCAGAAAAUGCAGAAAGAGAAAAGUAACAAAAUUGUGCUAAGCGAUGUGAGUUGUCACAUGGUCACAUGGGGCAGAGUGCAGGGCUUUAGCUGAGAGCAAGUCUGUCAUGAACAUGUUUUGAAGAUAUGAUGUGAAGCACUUGAUAGAUUUGCUUUAAAUGUGAAAUUGAAGCUUAUUAAACAGUUCAAAUAGAAAAUAUUUGUGUGUAACUGGUUUUUCAGAAUUACAAUGUGGUAUCCAAAUACUGGUUACCUAUUAAGCUAUUUAUUGCUAACUUGAUUAUAAUAAAAUAACUGCAGUAAGUUGUAAAUGCAUGAUUUUAAUAGUCAAUAUUUAUUAAUCUUUUGUGGAGGAGGAGGGGUUAUGACAGUGUUCAUAAACACAAGCUAUAUUUUAAAACCAUACCACUUUCAGAAAUCUUAAUAUAUGAAAGCAUUGUUCAAAGUAGAAAAUUGGAAUUAUAGUAGUUUUAAUGUUAUAUACCAGGUUUACUUGGUGUAUCUGAAAAACAAACAAUGAAUAAAAGAAGUGGAACCAUAAAGAAAAUGGAGCUUGUAUGGAUGUUUAUUAGGGCAGUAUUUUUCACUUUGAAAAUAAAGAAUUGUAAUUGAUUUCUUCCG